AAGUCCUUGAGAAAAGAAAGAUAUAUAUGAUGAACUGGAGAAUGAUGAGUGGUGAGAAGAAUUGGGAUGGUUUGUUGGAUCCACUCAACGAAGAUCUUCGACGAUACAUAAUUCAUUACGGAGAGAUGGCACAAGCAACUUAUGAUGCCUUUGACUCCAACGAAAGCUCCAAAACAUUUGGAAACAACAAGUACACAAUGAACGAGAUGUUCUCCCAGGUCGGCCUUACUAAAGGCCGAGCCAGGAAGAACUACAUCAUAACUAAGUACUUGUACGCGACUGACUCUAUCCCACCCUUCAAUAAGGAUACCAAUUGGAUGGGUUAUGUAGCAGUCUCCACCGAUGAAGGAAAGAAAGAAUUGGGAAGAAGAGAUAUUGUGGUCGCUUGGAGAGGAACACAAGAGGCUAUAGAGUGGGUUAGCGACGCUAGGUUUUUGUUGCAACCGGCUCCUCUUAUAUUUGGAGAAGGAGCGGAGAAGCCCAAUGUUCAUCGAGGAUUUUAUUUUCUUUAUACAUCAAACAAUCCUGGAUCAACAUUCUCCAAGACUAGCGCAAGAGAUCAAGUUCUUGAAGAAGUUAACCGGCUGGUGAACAAGUAUAAGAACGAGGAGAUCAGUGUCACUGUUACCGGUCAUAGCCUUGGAGCGGCCAUAGCAACCCUAAACGCGAUCGACAUAGCCAAGAACAUAUUCAAUGGAUCUACAACAAGCCCUCUUGUGACUGCCUUUCCAUUUGCGAGUCCUCAUGUUGGGGAUUGGAAGCUUAGUAACUCGGCUUCCACCCUUGCAAACCUUCAUGUCCUGCGAAUUGAGAACAUUCCAGACGUGGUUCCAGACAUCCCCAGAUUGGGCUACGCCAAUGUAGGAGAAGUGUUGAUCUUCGACGCAAGAAAGUCUAAGUUCGUGAAAUACCUAUACGAGUUCUUCUCAUCUGUGGCCAUGGCCCAUAGCUUGGAGAUGUAUUUGCAUGGAGUUGCUGGAACACAAGGAAGCCAGAAAGAAUUUAAGGAUAAGGUCGAGAGGGAUUUAACUUUGGUUAACAAGUACAGCGACUUUCUCAAGAACGAGUAUGGUGUGCCGCUUUCUUGGUUCAACAAACCUGACAAAGCCGGCAUGGUUCAACAGGAAGAUGGGACGUGGAAGCUUACAAAAAAUGGCAAGAUUGUUAGUAGGCUUUAAUUUGCAAGAACAAUUAUCUUAAAGGAAACAAUGUUAAAUUGUAUGUUUAUGUUUACUACGUUUUUCAAUGUUUUAUAAGUUUAUUCUUUGUUGUUAAUUUACUUUGUCCAAACUUGUCUUAAUACUUGAAAAUAAAUUAAAACUAUAUAAUAUCUU